ACCCAUGAAUUCAGAUUUCAGAAUUUCAGAAUAGCAAGAUAAAAUAUAGAAAAAUGUGGGGCGAUUCUCUGUUAAUUGUGUUUAUUUCAAUAUGCACUGCUUUUCUAGGAGAAGGAUUAACAUGGAUACUAGUUUACAGAACAGAAAAAUAUCAAAAGCUUAAAGUAGAAGUUGAACGGCAAAGUAAAAAACUGGAAAAGCGUAAAGAAGCCCACGGUGACUCCUUAGACAAACAACACAAAAAGAAAAUUGAAAGAGAAGAGGAAAGACUUAAAAAUAAUAAUAGAGAUCUUUCUUUGGUGAAAAUGAAGUCUAUGUUUGCAAUAGGAUUUGCUUUUACUGCACUUUUGAGUAUGUUCAAUAGCAUAUUCGAUGGGAGAGUUGUUGCUAAACUACCAUUUCAUCCCAUUUCUUGGGUUCAAGGAUUAAGUCAUAGAAACCUUCCUGGAGAAGACUACACAGAUUGCUCCUUCAUUUUCUUGUACAUACUUUGUACAAUGAGCAUAAGGCAAAAUAUUCAGAAAUUACUUGGAUUUGCUCCAUCACGAGCUGCAUCUAAACAAGGUGGAGCAUUGUUUGCAGCGCCUUCAACUCAAUUUAAAUAAAUAUUAAUUAAAUACUUACUUUAGAUUGAAAUUCCUUGAGUUUAUUUUUUCCUGUCAUUUAUUAAUCAUUGUAAAAUAUUAAAAUAUAUAGACUACUUUUUACAUAAUGUAGUAGUGUAUCAUAUUUAUUACAAUAAAAAAAAACUGAAAUAAGUAUAUUAUCAAAAAAUCUUACUCCCCGCGGUAGGUAUAGUGCCAAGAACGCUGGCUGCGUUUUCUUGCAGAGUAGCCUUUAUAGUCUGUAUGGGACUGCAAUGGACUGUAUGUGAAUAUAAGUUAUUUACUGUGUUUAUAAGGUGAACUACACUAGGGACGUUAUGGAAAAAAAGAUCGUACUCUUGACGAUUAUAUAUUACAAUAUUUACAAAGAGCGGAAAUAAUUACUAUUGUUUUACAGGAGGCAGUCUUGACUAUUUUUCUUGAUUCUUCUUUCUUGAUGCUUUUUUCUUGAGUGCCGCUGUCCAAUUGAACGACUCUGAGCCCAAAACGCCCUUCUUAUAGUCCCGUGGAGGGUGUCUCGGCACGAGAGUGUUCUUACAAGGUGUGCCGCAUGCUGAUUGGUCGGCGGCAUCACGUGAUGUUCGGGCGAUGUGACGGGUGUGUAACGGGGUAUGAAGGGGCGACUGGGCGGCGGCUCCCUUUGCCGUCCGUAACAUCCUCCCCCGGCGUAGUAUGCGAGCCUACUCUUCUUUCGAGUGGACGGCGAUCUUCCUCACCGGUCGUCACAGUACUCCGCCUUUGGCUCGAAUCUCCACAUUGCGCACCACGCCGUCAGUUCCGGGAAACGUUCUUGUUACUAUUCCGCUCGGCCACACGUUCCGCGGUAGGUUGCCGUCUGCAACCACGACGAGGUCGUCUUCUUUUAUUUCUUGUCGCUGGGCGUCCCGAGGUGCUCCGCGCAUGAUCAGCGCCGGCAAAUAUUCCCGCACCCAGCACCUCCAGUAUUCGUCGCCGAGCCCCUGCGCCGCUCUCCAUGCACGACGAUUGAUGAAUGAGCACGUCGCGGUGAUAGGUAGGUCCGAUGGUCCCAACAUGAUGAAGUGGUUGGGAUUUAGUGCUUCUUGGUCGUUGACGUCGACCGGUACAUGGGUCAACUGUCGAGAGUUGACCGUAUUUUCCGCUUCUGUUAGUAAUGUUGCUAGAGUCUCCUCUCUUGGGGUCUUCUGGUGGAGAGUGGCUUCCAGCGCUGUCUUCACCGAACGCACGAGACGCUCCCAUGCGUCUCCCUGGUUGGGUGCACCCGGAGCGAUGAAUUUCCACUCCGUACGUCGAGUCAGCGCGAAGUCCUUCAGUUGCGGUGCCCACUCUUCCAUCGUCCGUCGUAACUCUGUGUCUGCUCCAUGAAAACUGGUCCCGUUGUCCGAGUAUAUGACCCGUGGCCACCCGCGCCUAGCCGUCAUGCGCCGCAAUGCUGAUAUUGCCGAGUCUGUCGUUAGGGAGUAAACUAGAUCUAAAUGAACCGCGCGCGUCGUCUAGGUAAACAAUGCUACCCACGACUUUCCGUGUCGUCGCCCUAACGUUACCGAAAAAGGCCCGAAAUAAUCUACCCCGGUGUAUGUAAACGGUCGCGCAAACGCCCCUAACCGUUCGGGUGGUAAGUCUCCUAUAAUCGUUGGCCGUGGUGUUGCCUUGCGUACCCUACAUCGCAGACAUCUCCGCUUCACUUCUCGUACGUCCAUUUAGUAUUACGGGUCGCUUUAUCCGGUCGUCCAGGUCGGCUGCGUCGAUCCUUACCCUGGCUCGUAGUAUCCCGUCUUCAAGUAUGGGGUCGAGCUUCCUCAGAGCGCUGCCGGUACCAGAUUCUUCCCCUGCUGAAGUCGGCUGAUGUCGUCAGCGAAGCUGUCGAGCUGACUGCGUUCCACCCACAUCCGUUCUGCCUUCUGGAUGUGCUGUUGCGUUAACUCUCGUGCCCUUCCUCGUAUGGCAUCGAUGAACUGCAGUACUCGUGCUGUGGCCCUGAGCAAUCUCUCGUAGGAAGAGAAGCGUUCUAUCUCCGGCAGGUGUCCUUAAUUUGGGCGUCCUUGGUGUCGCUCUGAUGCGCCACAAUUUCUUCCAACUCUUCAUCCUCUCCUGCCUUCUCUUCUUUCCGAUGAGGCCAUUUGUUUUCAUCUUCGUAGAGAAAUGACGGUCGGGUGAACCAUUGGUCGCUUUCUCCCUUGCUCACGAAGUUCAUGCGCGUCGCCUGAUCUGCUAUGUUCUGUGUAGUCGGGUUCCAUCUCCAUUGAUCGGGUGAUGUUUUCUAGGCUAUCUCCCCUAAUCGAUGAGCUACGUAUGAAGUGUAACGCGCCGUAUCGUUCUGUAUCCAUUGGAGCGCUGCAGAAGAGUCCGUCCAAUAUAUGACCCUAUCCGCUCUCAUUCUGUUGUCGUCUUGUAUGAAUUUCGCGACUCGCGCCUCAAUCAAAUUUGCCUGCAACUCUAGUCGCGGUAUGCUUUGCGCCUUAAUCGAGACGACUUUCGCCUUGGCCGCCACUAAUGUGACUCUUACCGUACCGUCGCGAUAUCGUAUACGCUAUACGCCAAUAUGCUGCAGAUGCGUCCGCGCGUCCGCUUGCAUCGUUAAAAAUGUGAAAUUGACGUUCUACCACUCCCCCCGUAGGAGCAUAGCAUCUCGGAAGUCGCAGUCGUGAAGACCUCGACGACUCGCGGCCACCUCUGGAAUUCGUCCGCUGCCUCCUCAGGUAGUUCAUCAUCCCAUCCGACCUUCUUACGCUACAGGUCUUGCAGCAGGAUCUUCGCGGUAAUGGUGAGGUAGCUAAGCAGUCCGAGUGGGUCAAAAACUGACAUGACCGCACUCAACGCCUCCCUUUUGGUCAGUGGUCAAUGGAGCAUCUUCACAUCAUACGGCACCAUAUUCAUGGAUGUAAUAAAGGGCAGGGCGUCCUCUUCAGCCAUCCAUAGUAACCCUAAGGUCCUUCCUGGGCCAUCUUGCCUUAGGCCCACCUCCUUGGGCUUGCGCGCCAGCAGCUCCUACGGUUUAUCCUCUAGUAAGGCUGCAUGGUUAGAGUUCCAUCCCGCUAACGUGAAGCCUGCCUUCUGGUGUACUUCGGUAACCUGCUUCGCUGUGUCCAAAGCUUCCUCUACCGUCGCGUAACUGUCUAGUCUAGGUAAUCAUCCAUGUAGUGACUACGCACGACAGCGUUAAGCGCUAGCGGAUGUGUUUCGGCGUGUGCGCGCGCGUUAUCUAGCUGUAAGAAUAGAUAGGCAAGUUACGCUGACAUAUUAUAGGAUUAUCCGAGGUCCGAAGAGAGGGGGAGGACACAGUAAUCUAAAAACUACAAUACUCACUUUAC